AUGCGUUCCAUCUUAUACCUUGUCACUGGCGCCCUCGGCAUGGUCACGUUUGCGCAUGCUCUUCCAGCCUUAUUUUUUACCUCCACCAACACCCUCGAUAUUACGGGGCGUAGUGUUGGUCCUUUUGAGCCCGGCAGGAACAGCGUCAACGGUGAAACCAAUUACCAAAAUCACCAAAUCCUCCAGAAGCGCGUUAAGCCGCACAAGGUUAGCAUUACAAAUAAUGCUGGCGCCUCCGGAAGCAGAGGUGGCGGUCUCCCCUCAGACACAGUCGAUACCUGGAUUGAAGCGGCUCAGAUCGCCCUAGCCUCCAUUAGCUGCAACCAGGGCACAAUUACCAACGGUCCGCAUAGUGGCGAAGAUUCUAGCAGCUCGGACCCAAAGGAGCAUAUUACGGUGCAGCCUCAUAAUGGCGGCCCUAAGAUGCACGUUCGAAUUCUGCUCCCUCCACCUCCUCCCCGCUUACCCGUGGCAAGGAUAACCCGGCUGGCUAUCGACAACAACCACCCGCCUGUGCCGUCGAGCCCACACUUGUUGGGAACUUCGUCUCCAUGGCUACAAACGACCGACAGCUCCGCUGUUUGGACACAGGCCCCUCUCGAUAAAAAGCCGUCAACUGCCGUCAGACGAAUCCCCCGUGCGCCUGAAGGCACGGGGUCGCGUCAGUGA